AGGUGGUGAAGGCAAGCCAUGAGUAGCUCAACCUCCUUCCCGCUCCUCCUGGUUGGUUGGUGUCUCUCUGUGUGUGUUGCAGCAGGAGAAUCAGCUACUUUUGGCGGAGACAAUCCACAGGUGAAUAUUGGCGGCAUAGGGCACCAGAGGGUACCACUGAAGUGCCAUGAGAGAGAAGAUGGCCAUGGAGGGUGGGGCCGAGACUGAUCUGGGGACCUUCUUCCAAGUGUCUCUGGGGCAGCAAGGAAUCCAAAUGGAAGAGCAUGCACUGGCAAGUCUCAAAAGGAGAGAGGCUCCACAGAAAGCAGGUCAAGCCUCCCAUGUCCAGGUGUUGAACUGGAAAGCGUCUUCAUUGGUGAAGGAGGAGCCAGAGGUACUGAUGGUCCAGGGCUGGGAAGUCCAAAGCCAAGAGAUGGAGCAGCCUCUUUUUUCUGGAAGGGGGGAGACACAGCUGUCGGAACUUGAACCCUGGGGUGACAUGCCUGCCCUUUUGGCCUCCUUUGAACAUGUGGCAAUUGCCUGUCAGUGGCCCCAGGGAGAACUGGUAGCCCGCCUCUUGCCAGCCCUGAGUGGUGAUGCCCGAGAGGCCUACCUCAGCUUGGGUGCUAGCGACAGACAGGAUUAUUGGAAAGUGAAGGCUGCCAUCUUGAAGAGGGAACCCUUGACGACAGAGAAGCGGAGGCAGCGCUUCCGGCAGUUCCGAUACCAGGAGGCGAGGGGUCCACAGGAUGCAUACAGGAGGCUUCGGGAGCUUUGCCAUCACUGGUUGAAUCCAGAGAGCCAGACCAAAGACCAGAUCCUGGAGUUACUGAUCCUGGAACAGUUCCUGACCAUCUUGCCCCCAGAAAUCCAGAGCCAAGUAUGGGAACGAAUCCCUCAGACCUGUAUCCAGGCCAUAGCCCUGGCUGAGAAUCUUCUGGCCAGGCAGCAGGAGGCUGAGAGACAGGAGCUUCAGGUCUCAGAGACGGAGAAGGACAUCACUGUGAAUCCUCCCAAGGCUGAGCUGCUUCCAACAGAUGGUGGGCAGAGCCUCCUCUGCAGGAAGGUCAAGCAGGCAAGCGGUGGGGAUGCCAGCUCCUUGGGUUCUUCAGACACAGAGGCGAUGUGGGACUCGUCUGCAGAUGAAAGAGGUUCUGGUGGAUCUGGAAAACGAGGCUUAACCAUGAGGGCUGCGGUUCACAGGGCAACGCCAGGCCGAACCGAGGAGCACUUUCCACAAGAACAGUAUGGGCAACAGUUUAUGGAAGCUGAAGGCCUCCAGACCCACACUGAGCCUGCCAGCAGAGACAGCACUUACUUGUGUGCCCAGUGUGGGAAAGGAUUCCGAUGGCCAUCGGCACUGGCUGUGCACCAGAGGACACACACAGGCGAGAAAAGACACCGCUGCACUGAGUGUGGGAAGCGCUUUGGCCAGCGCGGACACUUGACUGUACACCGGAGGAUCCACUCAGGAGAGAAGCCAUAUGUGUGUCCUCAGUGCGGGAAACAGUUUGUAGACUCUUCCCAUCUCACCAAGCACCAGAGGACCCACUUGGGGGACAGGCCCCACCACUGUGCUGAGUGUGGCCGCAGGUGUGCAAAUAAGCGGUCACUGGUACAACAUCAGAGGAUUCACAGCAAGGAAAAACUUUAA